AUGAGUGUUCGGGUCGUCGCACGUAUUCGACCUCUGCUUAAGUCGGAGCGCGACUUAGACGUCAUCCUUCGCACUGGCCCGUCUGCACAUGGUGCCGACAAGAAGACCACCACACAAGAGAAAGGAGCAUUGGCAACACUGAGGGAUAGGGAUACUGUAGUACGGAUCCCGAACCCAAAGAACGAGAGCGAAGAAUACUCUUUCCAGUUCAAUGCUGUCUACGAGGCGGAAGCCACACAGCAGGAGCUGUAUGAGGCCGAGGUCGCACCAACCGUCAAACACCUCUUCAACGGGUUCGAUGUCACACUUUUCGCAUACGGAGUAACGGGUACAGGGAAGACGCAUACCAUGCGAGGCGGUAAAAGCCUGGUUGACAGAGGCGUCAUUCCUCGUCUCCUCAGCAGCAUAUACAGGCGCAGCCGGAAAAUGGAGAAGGAAAGCAGUGGCGAAACCACGGUCAACGUCUCUUUGAGUUAUUACGAGAUCUACAACGACAAGGUUUUCGACCUGUUCGAGCCUCCAGAAAAGAGAACAUUGGCAGGUCUCCCCCUCCGUGAUAAUGGAGGCAAGACUGUAGUUGUCGGCCUGACGGAGAGACCAUGCCACAACCUCAAGGAAUUUGAGACAUUGUAUGACCAAGCAAACAUCAACCGAUCGACGUCUGCCACCAAGCUAAAUGCCCACUCAUCACGCUCUCACGCCAUCCUCUGUGUGCGCGUAACAGUGAGCACUGGCGACAAAACCUGCGUCAGCACUGCAUCGGCCAUUGAUCUCGCCGGCUCGGAGGACAACCGUCGGACUGACAAUGACAAGGAGCGCAUGGUCGAAUCUGCCAGUAUCAACAAGAGUCUAUUUGUUCUCGCUCAGUGCGUGGAGGCGAUCAGCAAGAAGCACUCCAGAAUUCCAUACCGCGAAUCGAAAAUGACUCGGAUUCUCUCUUUGGGCCAGAACAAUGGGCUGACGGUCAUGAUCUUGAACCUCGCCCCUGUCAAAUCCUAUCACCUGGAUACAAUCAGCUCCCUCAACUUCGCCAACCGAACGAAGAAGAUUGAGGUGCGCGAAGUGGAGAACGAACCCAUCUUCAAGGGACCUCCCAGGCCGGUGGCACGGCCUUCAAUCAUGGGCACGCUGCGACAACCCCUACGCCCUCUAACUGCAUCUGUCAACGUAAACUUAACCACAACGGCAGCCAAAGACGCUGCAAACCCCGGCGAAAAGCCCCUGAAAGCAUUCCACGUCUACUCCGACAAGUCACAACCGCGAUACUCCACCCAGUUCAAGAAGCCCGAUUUACCAAAGCGUACUUCUCUCAGCGCCGAUACUACCGCUCGAAUCACGAAACAGCCCAUGCGUCUCGCACAACCGACUCAUCAGCAGCCCCUGAAGCAACUUGAGGACUUCUCAGCCGCUAGGAUUGAGGAGAUGGUUGAGAGAAAAGUCGAGGAAAUCCUCGCUGUGCGAGCGGUCAGCGAGCAGUCACGACAGACGCAAGUUCGCGAGCUCAAUGAGCAAGUGCAACGCCGCCUGGAGCUUCUCGAGCAACGAAUUGAGGGAUCGGAGGAUGCGCGCGCGGAGGGUCUAUCAUACCUUCUCAUGGCCAAACAGCAUCAAGGCCGUGGUGAGGACAACUUUGCUCUCAAGAUGUACCAAUUGGCACUUCCAUUCUUCCCCAAUAACGAGAAGUUAGCUCGGAAGAUUGCCACUCUGAAGGAACGUAUCCACGGCAAAUCCCACACGGAAGCCCCAGCUGUCGACCCGACUAGCAGCACCGUCAACCCUCACCCCGGCAAGCGCGACUUCGGAAGUAUGCUGUCCCUCAAGAAGCAACCCGCCGCCCAAACAACUUUCGGACGCACCAAUGCAGACGAUUCUGACGCAGACUAUGAGCCUGCCGACGACGAAGAUACCCAGAAAGUAGUGAAUCAAGACGAAGAAAUCGAGGAAAUCGAGGUCGACCUCGAAGAGAUCGCCCAUGCCCGCCGGCGGAAGCGCACCCGCACUAAAACGACUAUCGAUAUGGGUGAAGAAUUCGAGCCUCCAUCCCCACGAACUAUCCACCUCCUCUCCAUUAUCAACUCCCGUGAUGUGAGUCAGAUCAAGCUCCUGAAAGGCGUGGGGGUCAAAAAGGCCGAGGCCAUCGUCGACUGUCUCUGCGAGAUGGAUCAGCAUGUCGAGAGCCCGGAGCAAGAGCAAGAGCAAGCCGCAGCAGCUCAGGUGCACAUCCACAGUCUUGCAGAGUUGAGCAAGUUGAAGGGAGUGGGGAUGAAGAGUGUUCAGAGCAUGCGCAAUGGCGUUUUGGUUUAG